AGUAUUUUUUCUACUCUGUUGUUUCAUCUCUAAUUAAAGUCAUCUAUAAAAUGGCUAACAAAAUUUGUUAACAAUUUUACCAUAUAAUUACUGAUUAUUACGAGAAAAAUUCCAUUCAGUGGAGUUUUCAUUCUAUAAAACCUGUGAAUUGCAAAGCAAUACUAUGGCUGAAUUAGCAGCAUUACUGCAAACUGAAAUCCCUGAAGGGCGUAAUCAUCUCACAGACAGCCAUGCAAAUCUUGAACGGGUUGCAGAAUAUUGUGAAGCCAAUUAUUUCCAGGCUGAAAACAAGAGAUUGGCUUUAGAGAGUACUAAAAAUUACACAACUCAGUCUCUGGCCAGUGUAGCUUACCAGAUCAAUACACUGGCAUAUAAUUUUUUACAAUUACUUGAGUUACAAACAAUGCAGUUGGCUGAAAUGGAAGGUCAAAUGAAUCAUAUUGCUCAAACUGUUUCUAUUCAUAAAGAGAAGGUGGCACGACGGGAGAUAGGUGUACUGACUGCUAAUAAAGUAACCAACAGGCAGUACAAGAUUAUUGCACCAGCUAAUCCAGAAAAACCAAUAAAAUAUAUCAGGAAGGCUAUUGAUUACACAGCACUGGAUGAUAUUGGACAUGGAGCUCGUUGGAGUAGUGGUGUGACAGGAACACCCCGUGGACGCCGUUCGGGUUCAGCACCAGGGCCAGCUCCUCUACCAGCACCGACAACUAAGCCUCCCACUCCUCCAGCGGCAGUUAGAUCUUCAUCAGCUGCUAACACUGGCACUUUGGGGCGUGGGACUCUUGGUAAGUCAUCGCGGGAGUAUCGCACGCCGCCCGCGGUGGCCCCUCCACAGGUACCGUCGCACUACGCGCCCAACUACCCGCGGCGCCCGCCUGGCUACUCAACGCUGCCGGUUACUCAGCCACAGGUGGGCAUGGUGCAUCCUAAUCAGCAUCAAUCACCAAACUAUUCUCAACAGGAUAUGCAUUCCAGUAUGCCACCUCCCCCAUCACCUCUGAUUGGGUCGGAUGGUGAACACAGUCAACAUUCUAUGAGUCUGCCUGGACAGCGCGGGUCAUCUUCGUCGGCCGGCGGUGGGUCGGCUCGUGGAGGCUCUGUGUCGCCGCCGCUACCGCCUCCACCUAUGGACGACGAGCUCGCUCAUGACGCCUUCGGUCGCCCACAUCAUCUCAAUAACAAAAUGGGCGUACAAUACACUAGUGCUGUACCAGCAAUAGUACCAGAUGAAGAAGACUUGCCUGGAUGGGUGCCAAAGAACUACAUUGAAAAAGUUGUUGCAAUAUAUGACUACUACGCUGAUAAAGAGGACGAGUUGUCAUUCCAAGAGAGCGCAGUUAUAUACGUUCUAAAGAAGAACGAUGACGGCUGGUGGGAAGGAGUAAUGGACGGCGUCACUGGACUGUUCCCAGGAAACUAUGUAGAGCCCUGCGUUUAAUUCUACACUUAUGAUAUUCUGUAAUAGCACAGAAUGUUCUUUCUAUUAGUUUUAUUAACAGAUAAUCAUUGUACUAGUGGAGAACUUCGCAGUCUUACUAAAAACUGACCUCACCCAAAAUUGGCAAAAAAAUAUUAUCCCUAUAAUCUUGGCUAUAAUCCUAAUGGAGUACUUUUUGUUAACUACUUCAUAAAACCUGCUCUUAUUGUGGCUAUUUUAUUACAUUUUUUUAGUCAAUUUUGAGUCUGUUUUGCGUUAUGUAUGACAUAUUAAGGUCUUUUCAGUAACUUCCUUUUCUAGAAUUCUAAGCUGCAUGAAGGCAAACAAAACCAUUAAAAAGACAUGUGUCUGUUUAUAUGCAGAUAUUAAACUUUAAAAUAUUUAUAAGAUUUAGUAUGAACAUUUAAUUAUAAAUAAUAUAUUCCAACUUAAGAUAAUGUAAAACUUCUUGACAUAAUUAUUUUAGGUAGUAAGUAAUAAAAACAGUAUAUCAUCAUUCAUAUUAUACAAAUAAUUAUGUUUUGAUUUUCUAAUAUAGAUUUUAAGGUCUGAUUAUAUAUUGGUAUGUAGAAUUUUUUAAAUGAUUGUUGCCAUGUUUUAGUGUAUUUUAGUUGACAUCAGCCUUUAAAAAGUAUUUAAUCCGUUAUUUUUACCAGAAAGCACAUUUUGAAUUAAUCAUGUGUGUCAUUGGCAAUGAACUGAAACAGCUGAAAAACAGUAUAGAAUGUAAUACUAAUCUAAAAGAACGAAAUAUAUAGGAUUAUUUACAUUUAUAACUAUUCUUUUAAGAGUAUUUUAUCUAUGGCUAUAUCAAUAAAUGGUUUAAUUUUUGUAAUUAUGUAAGAAAUAGUCACCCUAAUCUGACAACUUGAUUUCCCUUUGCAUUUGCCUAGUCAUAUAGUACGAUUUUGAAGAUGAACAUGUGUUCGAUCGACUGCAAUAGUAACAUAUUCUUUAUUCAUUUUUACUCCAUCACCAUACAGAGAUUCCGUUUUUAUUUUUAAAUGUAUUUUUUAUUCGUUAUUUUUAAAUAUACAAUAAAUACUGACGCCUAAUUUUUAUAACGUGUGACAAUUAUAAGAUGAAAGUAGACCUUUUAAUCAUAAUUCAUAUUCAAGUUCAGUUACUAGACUUACAUUAGGAUAAAAAAAGCAGGUAAGAUCAAUGGUUUUUGCUACAGGGGAUUAGGCUAUGGUUGUGAUGAGACCAUGUCGCCUUGUCUUCAUUUAUAUUAAUUUUUUAAUAGAUCUAAUUGAAACAAAAGUAAAAUAAAAACUACAACUAAAACAUGUGCCAUAUUAUUUUGUUGUACUCUAUCUUGUUCUAUCCUUGGCACAUGAUAUUCAUAAUAGUAUAUGGGUGAUUAUUUUUGAUUUCAUUGUAGUUUAUAAUGUAUUAUUUGCAUUUAUAUUAAUAGAUGCAUUCCUGUUAUAUAUGUUAAUCAUAAAUAUUAAAUAAUAAUAAGUUUUUGAACAUUAUAAAAGAAUAGUAUUUAGUUUUAAAUUAUUUUUAUCUUAUUUGCAUGCAUUCUACCUAUGUAUGAACUGGUUUUUAAAUAAAACAAUCUGAUUGAAUCAA